AUGAUGAAGAGCAGAGAGAGAAAAACAGGGGACAAAAAAGAGAUCAAAGUUACAUAUAUUUCAAGCCCAAUGAAGGUUAAGACAAAUGCUUCAAAUUUUAGAGCUCUUGUGCAAGAACUCACUGGACAAGACUCAAAUGUUGCGGAUACGUUCAUCACCAUGCCUAUGGAUAUUAAGGCAAAUAAUGAUACUAACAAUAAUGGUGCUGAUUAUGAUGAACACGUUUCGUCUCAACAAUGGAGGAUGGAUGAAUCCACUUUGUUGAAACCUGAUUACAAUGAAUUUCUCUCAAGAUCCUUGAUGGAGCCACUAAACGAACACUUUCAAUUUCAUCAUGAGUUGUUAAGCUUUGAUGAUAUCAUGCCUUAG